UCCCGAUAACGGCGAUCUCCGAACAGGGGAGACAUUUAGUGCUGUGUCUCUCUAUUAGUGCACCCACCACCACUGUUUCUUUCUCUUUAUCCCGCUUUCUCCUCUUUAGAUAAUGUCCUGGCAAGCAUACGUCGAUACGAAUCUCGUUGGUAGUGGCAGGAUCCAGAAAGCAGCUAUCAUCGGCCAACAAGGAGGCAUCUGGGCUGCGUCGCCGGGUUACAACCUCUCGACGGAGGAGCAGAACGCUAUCAUCAAGGGUUACACGAAUCUUACGAGCGUCCAAGCAUCAGGUAUCCGUGUCGCUGGGCAAAAGUUCUUUACCCUCCAGGCGAAUGAGCGUAGUAUAUAUGGGAAGAAGGCGGCGGAUGGCAUCGUGAUUGUCAAGACAAAGCAGGCGAUCCUUGUUGCUGAGUACGUCGCGCCCAUUCAGGCGCCGGAGGCUACGCCCAUUGUAGAAGGGCUUGCGGAUUACUUGAUCAGCGUGGGGUACUAGGCUCGAGCUCGCUACGCAGAAGAAGUUUCGGAAUGUAUUAAUCUAACGCCUUGAAAAGACAGUUUUAUAUGUAUAUGAACCCUUGAACA